GGUCUUCCGGAACGGGAGGCGCGUGCGCAGGAGAGGAAGGUCAGGAGCAGGAUCUUGCUCUGUCUGAUGCUCAAGAAAUGUCUUCACUCUCAGAAUAUGCGUUGCGCAUGACUCGUCUGAGCGCCCGGCUCUUUGGUGAAGUUGCCAGGCCUACGGAUUCCACAUCCAUGAAAGUGGUGAAACUAUUCAGUGAACAGCCCCUGGCCAAGAGGAAGGAGACUUACGACUGGUAUCCGAACCACAACACAUACUUCGCGCUCAUGGGCACACUCCGGUUUUUUGGGCUUUACAGAGAUGAGCAUCAGGAUUUUAAGGAUGAGCAAAGGCGUCUCAAGAAACUCCGUGGAAAGGGGAAACCAAGGAAAGGAGAAGGAAAACGAGCAUCAAAGAAGAAAUAGUGUUGCCCAUCAAGAAAGGCAAUUUCUUGCUGAGUGACUGAGGGGGACGUGUAUCUUUCCACACACUUC